GUCGGGAAAGGGUGAGGGCAAGGUUAUCUUCUGGCAUUUGGGGCGGGAGAAGAAGGCCAGAGUGAGGCCAGGCCCCACCUUUCGGUGGUCCAAGACAAGCAGAUUGCCCCCUACGAAGGAAGCCCCGCCUUCACUGCUCGGUCGCGCCCCGCCCAGGCCCGCAGCGCGGCUGCAGCGCGAGGGGCGGAGAGGCAGUGCACCGAGAGAGGACCCGACGCCCAGGUUGCGUGCAUCUCAGAGCUGCAGUAGACUAAACCGCUCCCCGGCCCUGCUCCGCCGCCUCGUCCGGGCGCCCCAGCUGCUCUCUCGGCCCCAGCGAUCGAGCACCUGUCCUCCGUCUUGGUCUCAGCUGAGCGACCCCUCCUUCGGAGCACACACCAUUCCUGCAGCCUGAGAAGUGCCCCAGCUCUACUUGUCGACCACCAUGGCGGAGACUAACAACGAAUGCAGCAUCAAGGUUCUCUGCCGAUUUCGGCCCCUGAACCAGGCGGAGAUUCUGCGGGGAGACAAGUUCAUCCCCAUUUUCCAAGGGGACGACAGCGUCGUUAUCGGAGGGAAGCCAUAUGUCUUUGACCGUGUGUUCCCCCCAAACACGACUCAAGAACAAGUUUAUCAUGCAUGUGCCAUGCAGAUUGUCAAAGAUGUCCUUGCUGGCUACAAUGGCACCAUUUUUGCUUAUGGACAGACAUCCUCAGGGAAAACACAUACCAUGGAGGGAAAGCUACAUGACCCUCAGCUGAUGGGAAUCAUUCCCCGGAUUGCCCGAGACAUCUUCAACCACAUCUACUCCAUGGAUGAGAACCUUGAGUUCCACAUCAAGGUCUCUUAUUUUGAGAUUUACCUGGAUAAAAUUCGUGACCUUCUGGAUGUGACCAAGACAAACCUUUCUGUGCAUGAGGACAAGAACCGGGUCCCAUUUGUCAAGGGCUGUACUGAACGCUUUGUGUCCAGCCCAGAGGAGAUUUUGGAUGUGAUUGAUGAGGGAAAAUCAAAUCGUCAUGUUGCUGUCACCAACAUGAAUGAACACAGCUCUCGAAGCCACAGCAUCUUCCUCAUCAACAUCAAGCAGGAGAACAUGGAGACUGAGCAGAAGCUCAGUGGGAAGUUGUAUCUCGUGGACCUGGCUGGGAGUGAGAAGGUUAGCAAGACUGGAGCAGAGGGAGCUGUGCUGGAUGAGGCAAAGAAUAUCAACAAGUCGCUGUCUGCCCUGGGGAAUGUGAUCUCUGCAUUAGCAGAGGGCACUAAAAGCUACGUUCCAUAUCGUGAUAGUAAAAUGACCCGGAUUCUUCAGGACUCUCUGGGAGGAAACUGCCGUACAACUAUGUUCAUCUGCUGCUCACCAUCCAGUUACAAUGAUGCAGAGACCAAGUCUACACUGAUGUUUGGACAGCGGGCAAAGACCAUUAAGAACACUGCCUCAGUAAAUCUGGAGUUGACUGCCGAGCAGUGGAAGAAGAAAUAUGAGAAGGAGAAGGAGAAGACCAAGGCCCAGAAGGAAACAAUUGCAAAGCUGGAGGCUGAGCUGAGCCGCUGGCGCAAUGGAGAGAAUGUGCCUGAGACAGAGCGUCUGGCUGGGGAGGAUGCAGCCCUGGGGGCUGAGCUCUGUGAGGAGACCCCUGUGAAUGACAACUCAUCCAUUGUGGUGCGUAUCGCACCUGAGGAGCGGCAGAAAUAUGAGGAGGAGAUCCGCCGCCUAUAUAAGCAGCUUGAUGACAAGGAUGAUGAGAUCAACCAGCAGAGCCAACUCAUCGAGAAACUCAAGCAGCAAAUGCUGGACCAGGAGGAGCUGCUGGUGUCCACUCGAGGAGACAAUGAGAAGGUCCAGCGGGAGCUGAGCCACCUGCAGUCAGAGAAUGACGCUGCGAAGGAUGAGGUGAAAGAAGUGCUGCAGGCCCUGGAGGAGCUGGCUGUAAACUAUGACCAGAAGUCCCAGGAGGUAGAGGAAAAAAGCCAGCAGAAUCAGCUGCUAGUGGACGAGCUGUCCCAGAAGGUGGCCACCAUGUUGUCCCUGGAGUCUGAAUUGCAGCGACUCCAGGAGGUCAGUGGACACCAGCGAAAACGAAUUGCUGAAGUGCUGAAUGGGCUGAUGAAGGACCUGAGUGAGUUCAGUGUCAUCGUGGGCAACGGGGAGAUUAAGCUGGGAAGCAUCUCUUCCUCCUCUGCCCACCCUCAGCCGGUGGAGAUCAGUGGGGCCAUCGAGGAAGAGUUCACCGUGGCCAGACUCUACAUCAGCAAAAUCAAGUCGGAGGUCAAAUCUGUAGUCAAGCGGUGUCGGCAGCUAGAGAACCUCCAGGUGGAAUGUCAUCGCAAGAUGGAAGUGACUGGGCGGGAGCUCUCAUCCUGCCAGCUCCUCAUCUCACAGCAUGAGGCUAAGAUCCGCUCACUAACGGAAUACAUGCAGAGUGUGGAGCUGAAGAAGCGACACCUGGAAGAGUCCUAUGACUCCUUGAGUGAUGAAUUAGCCAAACUCCAGGCUCAGGAAACUGUUAAUGAAGUGGCUUUGAAGGACAAGGAGCCGGACACUCAGGAUGCAGAUGAAGUGAAGAAGGCCUUGGAGCUGCAGAUGGAAAGUCACCGGGAGGCCCAUCACCGGCAGCUGGCCCGGCUCAGGGAUGAGAUCAAUGAAAAGCAGAAGACUAUUGAUGAGCUUAAAGACCUGAAUCAGAAGCUCCAGUUAGAGCUGGAGAAACUUCAGGCUGACUAUGAGAAGCUGAAGAAUGAAGAACAUGAGAAGAGCACCAAGCUUCAGGAGCUGACAUUUCUGUACGAGCGACAUGAGCAGUCCAAGCAGGACCUCAAAGGUCUGGAGGAGACAGUUGCCCGGGAACUCCAGACCCUCCACAACCUUCGCAAGCUUUUCGUUCAAGACGUCACGACUCGAGUCAAGAAACAGAGUGCAGAAAUGGAGCCCGAGGACAGUGGGGGGAUUCACUCCCAAAAACAGAAAAUUUCCUUUCUUGAGAACAACCUGGAACAACUUACAAAGGUUCACAAACAGGUGGAAGAUUGGGUGUCAAAGCUGGUACGUGACAAUGCAGAUCUGCGUUGUGAGCUUCCUAAAUUGGAAAAACGACUUAGGGCUACGGCUGAGAGAGUUAAGGCCCUGGAGGGUGCACUGAAGGAGGCCAAGGAGGGCGCCAUGAAGGACAAGCGCCGGUACCAGCAGGAGGUAGACCGCAUCAAGGAAGCUGUUCGGUACAAGAGCUCUGGAAAGAGGGGCCAUUCUGCCCAGAUUGCCAAACCUGUGCGGCCUGGCCACUAUCCAGCAUCCUCUCCCACCAACCCCUAUGGCACCCGGAGCCCUGAGUGCAUCAGUUACACCAACAGCCUCUUCCAGAACUAUCAGAAUUUGUACCUGCAGGCCACACCUAGUUCCACCUCAGAUGUGUACUUUGCUAACUCCUGUACCAGCAGUGGAGCCACAUCUUCUGGUGGCCCCUUGGCUUCCUAUCAGAAGGCCAACAUGGACAAUGGAAAUGCUACAGAUAUCAACGACAAUAGGAGUGACCUGCCCUGCGGCUAUGAAGCUGAGGACCAGGCGAAGCUCUUCCCUCUCCACCAAGAGACGGCAGCCAGCUAACCUCCCACACCAAUGGCUAUAUAACCUGCACUUUCAGUUUCUAAGAGGGACUGAGGCCUCUUCUCUCAGCAUGCUGCAAACCUGUGGUCUCUGAUACUAACUCCCCUCCCAACCCCUGUUGUUGGACUGUACUGUUUGAUGUCUUCUCUCACUUACUAUGUAUCUCUUUGUACUCUGUAUCUAUAUAUUGGAAGCUGCUGCUAUGUCUCUCUUCUCUCUGUCCCACUCUCUAAAUAUCUAAUGAUGUAUUUAGCAAUUUCUAAGCAUAGUCUAUCCUCAUUUGGGGCAAUAGGGAGGCGGGGGAAUGUUUUCUUCUUUCUCAUAUACUCGUCUCACACUGAGUGGUGUUAAUCACUGAGCAGAGAACAUAGAGAUGAUAAAAUGAGAAAUGGGAGCUAGAGGGCUGUGAUCCUUUUCUCUCACAAACACAUGUGUGCAUGCACACAUACACACACAUUCACACACUACUCACACAUACACGUACAUAUAAAGCCUUAAGCAGAAGAAUGUCUUAGCAUCCUAAGACGACAGAGAAAUAGGCUCUUCCUCCCUUCUCUUUUAUGGAUAGCACAGGGGAGGGUAAAAUGGAAGGGCUGAUAAAUUCUACAUAUAAUUUUCUUAAUAUUGCCCUCACCUAAAUCAAGAGAUUCCAGAUGUUUAUCUCUGUCCUACAAAGUCUGCCUUUUGCCUCCCUCUAUUUUUCCCAGAUGGAGACCAUGGCUUGCCAAGGAACCUUUUCCUUUUCUUGUCCAAACCCCUUUUGAUACUCUCCACCCCUAAUGACCAUAACUCAAAGUUAAAAAUAUUCUCAAAAGCUGAGGAGGCGAGCUGGGGUUAUGGCUCAGUGGUAGAGUGCUUGCCUAGCACGUGCAAGGCCCUGGGUUCAAUCCUCAGUACCACGUAUAAAUAAAUAAAAUAAAGGUAUUGUAUCCAUCUACAACUAAAAAACAAAUAUUUUUUAAAAAUUGAGGAGGCAGAUCACUUCCCCACAGUUUGUCAAAUAGCUGCUCAUCUUUCUGUGGUGAUAGUUAUAGGCAAGUAUAGUCAGAAUGACUGAUUCCUUGGGUUUGAGGAUUGAACAGGGUGGAAAAUUGCUAAGUGAUUUGCAUCACAAUGUCCUCAGGUUGAAGCGAUGAACUGGAUUCCUUUUUCCUAUAUGGGGCUACAAGUUCUUCCCAUCUCUACCUUUUGGUUUGGGGGCUUCCAGUUCAUUGGCAAAAUAGCUGUUUCAGAUGCCUUCAUUUCAAACUGGAGCCUGGCUUUCCUCCACUAUAAAUUGUUCCCCACAAAGAGUUCCUUCUAUAAUGUCCCUAUGUGGUAUAAAGUGCACUUUAGGGAAAGGGGCAGGGCAGAUUUUCCAGAGGUGGCAGAGCCUGGGGGCUUGACCCAGGGCUCUUCCCCCAGCCAUUCUGAGCCCAUGUGUCCCCUCUCCCACAGUUAAGAAGAUGGUUGCUUGAGUUCCAGAUUAUCCUUUCCUUCCACAUGGUGCUAAGGUAUUUUUUCAGGUAACUUUUGGGAUGAAGGUCACUAGCCAGCCCAAACCAAGAAGUAAAGUCUGGAGUCCAGAUAAUUUUACCUUUUUAUGGAUGGAAGAUAGGAACCUUCAGCAUCAGGGAUGCCCAUCAUCUGGCUUUUUCUAAGUUGGGAAAGAGGUUCAGCAUGAUUGCCAGCUGGUAAAUACAGGGUACAGGGGCUUGUGAGUCCUUCAAAGGAAAGAAUCCUUGCUCCCUUUACCUGUUGAGCAAUUUUAGCAGUUAAGGACAAAAUCAGAGGGGUCUGAAAUAAAUCCAAACUGGUGAUUUUCAAACACUUUUCAAAAUAAAUCUUAUGUAGAACUCCAACGUAAAAAAUAACAUAGACUAGGGGUGUAGCUCAGUGGUAGAGCUUGCCUAGCACACGCAAAGCUCUAGGUUCAAUUUUCAGCACUGCAAAUAAAUAAAUUAAUUAAUUAAUAAAAAAUAAAGGGGGGUGGGAAGGGAAAUAAUGCAGACCUGGGUAGUUUGCAUUUUCUUUUCUCUUUCUUUUGCUUUUUGGUGGAAAAUGCUUUAUUAGUUGAAGAGCCCUGGAAGAGCCCUAAGAGAUCCCAAGGGUUCUAUAGAGUGGUUUGAAAACCACUGCUCUGAAGAAGGGGGUACAAUCUGGAUUUCCUACACCAAACCUAUAACUCAUAGAAAAGAGGGAUGGGGUAAAUGGGGUAAGGUAGAUGAGCCAUGCUGUCCCAGACCCAGUCAGAGAGGAAGGAAGUUACCAGAAUACCCGUGGACUUUGCCAGCAGGAAACCUUAGAAUCGAGGGGAUUUUAUGUAAUUUUGCUACCAAAUGAUUAUUUAAAAGAACACACUUUAAAAAGAUGUGAAGGUGUAGGGCAGAUAAAAAGAGAGGUGACACAGGGGAGCAGCCUUCUCUUUAGCAAGAUGUAAGGGAAAUAUAAUUCACUUAUACAAAUAAGAACACAUGCACAACUUUCACCAGAAGCUUCAUACUGUAUCCUCUUCCGCCUCUUCCUGUUCCCUACAUUCACCACAUCCCUUACAGACAGCCAGGCUCAUCACAAGGGGUACCUGGCUUGCCCACUCACAUCUGCCAAAAUGUUGCAUGCCAGUGUGGAAAAACAAACCAAACUGCACAAACCCCAGUGUGUAUUUACUCAGUGUACAUAGGUACCUUUAAAAUAAAAUAAAUUCAAUGAUGACUCCA